UUAAGAAGCGCGUGCUGGUGUGAGAUCGUGUGCAUUUGGGUGCAGCCUUCACGAGCUGUGGAUGAUCUUCAUCACAUUCUUCAUCACGGAGAAAUUCUAAACAUCUGACAUCACCUUCAUCCAGCAGUUCUGUGAUGUAUUGAGAGAGUUUUGGGACACUUGAGGAGUUUGAUUGAUUGAUGUUCUGUUAAUAUUGGAGAGAAGAUGUUGCUGAGGCGUUUGGCCGCCGCUGCCCUUAUAACACUUGCAGUACUGGCUUCAGUCAAUGCUCAAGUAAUGCCUCCAUCAGACUUGAGAUUUAAGAUUUUAAAUGAAAACACAGUACAAAUGACAUGGAAGCAACCACUAUCCCGAAUCGAAGGCUAUAGAAUACAAGUCAUGUCACAUACAGAGGAGCCAGUUAAAGAAUUCACACUGUCUGCGUCCUCCACCAAAACCUCCAUCAAAGAUCUGACCGCUGAUGUGGAUUAUAAUGUUGUUAUAACUUCAUAUCUUGGAUCUGAAGAGAGUAUACCGAUCUCUGGUCAAAUUACCAUUCAAUCGAGUGGUUUUGAAGGAGCUACCAGAAAGCCUCAGGUCUCAGAUUCAGUUCAAUGCUCAGUUAGUGCCAUCGCUGAUCUGGUCUUCUUGGUGGACGGCUCUUGGAGCGUCGGGCGAGAUAAUUUCAAAUUCAUCCGUAGUUUCAUGGUGGCCAUGGCUGGAGCGUUUGAACUGGGAGAAGAUAAGACCAGAGUUGGUGUAGUCCAGUACAGCACAGACACCAGAACCGAAUUUAAUCUGAAUCAGCACUUCAGACGGGGCGAGCUCCUCAGAGCCAUUAACAAUCUGCCAUACAAGGGUGGCAACACCAUGACAGGCGAUGCCCUGGACCAUCUUCUGAAAAACACAUUCACGGAGGCCGCCGGCGCCCGUCAGGGCUUCCCCAAAGUUGCUGUUAUUAUCACAGAUGGAAAAUCUCAGGACCCUGUUGAAAGUUACGCCAAGAAGCUGAAGAAUGCUGGAGUUGAACUCUUCACUCUGGGAAUCAAAGAAGCAGACGAGGAAGAGUUGAAACAAAUGUCGUCCACGCCCCACAGAACACACGUGUACACGGUGCCAAACUUUGACAUGAUCAAAGGCGUAGAGAAAUCUCUCAUUACGCAGGUUUGCAGCAGCGUGGAAGAUCAACUCAACUCUUUGAUUAGCGGCGAGGAAGUCAUUGAACCGGCAUCAAACUUACACGUCUCCGAGGUCGCAUCCAAGUCCAUGCGAAUAACAUGGGAUGCGUCUAUAGGAGAGGUGACCGGAUACAAAGUGCAGUUGGUUCCCAUGAUGGCCGGCUGCAAACGACAAGAGCUGUACGUCGGGCCCACGCAGACCUCGGUGAACGUCAGAGAUUUGUCACCCGACACCGAAUACGAGAUCAGCCUGUUUGCACUCAACGGUCUGACGCCCAGCGAGCCGGUUAUGGCGAUGGAGAAAACCCAACCGCUUAGGGUGUCAUUGGAAUGUUCUCUGGGUGUGGACGUCCAAGCUGACGUCGUUCUCCUGGUCGACGGCUCGUACAGCAUCGGCCUGGCUAACUUCGCUAAAGUUCGUGCCUUCUUGGAAGUCCUGGUCAACACUUUUGACAUCGGGCCAAACAAAGUUCAAAUCAGCUUGGUCCAGUACAGCAGAGAUCCACACACCGAGUUCUACCUAAACACACACGCCGAUCUGAGCGGCGUGGUCAAAGCCGUGAGAACGUUUCCGUACCGAGGAGGCUCCACCAACACGGGCAAAGCUAUGGCGUACGUGAGAGAGAGGAUCUUCAUUCAAAACCGAGGCGCUCGCACGAACGUACCUCGCGUUAUGAUUCUCAUCACCGACGGAAAGUCAUCGGAUGCUUUCAAAGAUUCGGCGGCUAAGCUUAGGAACACAGAUGUGGAGAUCUUCGCAGUGGGUGUGAAAGACGCCGUCCGCUCCGAGCUGGAAGCCAUCGCUAAUCCUCCGGUGGAGACCCAUGUGUACACGGUGGAGGACUUUGAUGCUUUCCAGAGGAUUUCCGAUGAGCUAACUCAAUCCAUUUGUCUACGAAUUGAGCAGGAGCUUUUGAACAUCAAGAGGAGAAGUUUGGUCGCGCCCAGAUCUCUGACCUUUUCCGAGGUGACCUCCAGAAGUUUUCGGGCUUCGUGGAUAACAGAUGCUGUGGAUGUGCAGUCUUAUCUGGUGCAGUACAAGCCUGCAGCGGACACGGAUGCCAACUACAUCUCCGUCUCUGUGCCCGGCGACACCCCCACAGCUGUAUUACUUCACCUCACUCCAGUCACCAAGUACGAGGUCAAGGUUUACGCCCAAUAUGCGAAGGGAGAAAGUUUUCCCCUCGAAGACUUUGAGACCACGUUAGAAGAACAAGGCACUGUGAGCAACCUCAGAGUGUCCGAGGAGACCAUCGACAGUUUCCGCGUCUCGUGGCGAGCGGCUCCAGGUCCAGUGUUGCGCUACAGACUGACAUACGUCCCUGUACGAGGGGAUAGUGGGUUGCUCGAAACGGCGACACCUGGUCCUGAGACAACCAUCAUCCUCCAACGACUGUUCCCAGUCACCACGUAUCGUGUUUCGGUGUCAGCCGAAUACCCUUCAUCCAUUGGGCCUCAGAUGCAGAUUGAUGGGACGACCAAAGAAGAGUUGGGCUCUCCCCGAGACUUGAUAACCAGCGAUGUUACUGACACCAGUUUUAUGGUGUCAUGGACGGCCGCUCCGGGACGGGUGAGACGGUACCAUAUCCGCUGGAGAUCUCUCUUCUCACAGGAGUCUGGAGAGAAGACGAUACCUGCUGAUAUGACCAGCACACUGUUGGAGAACCUCACACCUGAAACACGCUAUCAGGUGUCUGUGUUGGCAUCAUACGACAGUGGAGAUGGAGGACCGCUCGUAGGGGAAGAGACCACGGAUGCAUCCGCGUCCACCAAGAGUCUAGUCGUGUUCGAUGAAACAGAGAGGAGCAUGCGUGUGACGUGGAAACCCGCUCCGGGACCCGUGGUCAAUUAUAAGCUCACGUACGUCCCUCAGGCUGGAGGUAAAGACAUGAUCAUGAAAAUUCCUGCCAAUGUGACCACCGCCAUGCUGAGGAAACUGCAGCCCAUUACCACCUACAACAUCAAAGUGCAUCCCAUCUACAAACGAGGAGAAGGAAAAGCAAGGCAAGGAGUAGGAACCACACUGUCACCGUAUAAAGCUCCGAGAAACCUGCAGACCUCCGAACCCACUAAGACAAGUUUCCGUGUUACGUGGGAUCACGCUCCCGGAGAUGUACGUGGAUACAGAGUCACGUUUCAUCCCAGUGGCCAAGAUAUUGAUCUGGGAGAACUUCUCGUUGGACCGUACGACAACACCGUUGUUCUGGAGGAACUCAGAGCUGGAACGAAGUACUCCGUAGCUGUUUUUGGAAUGUUUGAUGGAGGUCAAAGUAUGCCUUUGGCUGGAGAAGAGAAGACCACCCUUUCUGAUGCCCCAGAGCCUCCACCCGUUGAACCUUCUGAUGCAAAGUGUAAAACCACAGCCAAGGCCGAUAUCGUCCUGCUGGUCGACGGCUCCUGGAGCAUCGGCCGUCUGAACUUCAAAACCAUCCGAGCUUUUAUUGGCCGCAUGGUGGGCGUCUUUGACAUCGGCCCAGACCGGGUUCAGAUCGGUUUGGCUCAGUACAGCGGGGAUCCCAAAACUGAAUGGCAUCUCAACACUCACCCCACCCAACAAUCUCUCUUAGAGGCUGUGGCCAAUUUACCCUACAAAGGCGGAAAUACCAAGACGGGUAUGGCAUUGAAGUACAUCCUUCAGAACAACUUCAAACCCAAUGUGGGGUUGAGACCCGACUCGCGUAAGAUCGGAGUCCUCGUGACCGACGGCAAAUCUCAGGAUGACAUUAUAGAGAGCUCUCAAAGUCUGCGUGACUCGGGAAUCGAACUGUAUGCCAUCGGUGUGAAGAACGCUGAUGAAAAUGAGUUGCGAUCCAUUGCCUCUGACCCUGAUGAGAUUCACAUGUACAAUGUCAAUGACUUCUCCUUUCUGAUGGACAUUGUUGACGAUCUCACUAACAACCUCUGUAACAGCGUUAAAGGCGGAGAGGGUGGCCCUGGGACACCGACUGACCUGGUGACAUCAGAAGUCACACAUUACUCUUUCCGUGCCACCUGGAUGCCACCCGAUGAGCCGGUGGAGAAAUUUCGUAUCGAAUACGUCCCUGCUGCUGGAGGACAAACUGAAGUGAUGUUUGUCGAUGGUGAAGAAAACACAGUUUUACUGGUCAAGUUAACCCCAAAGACAGAGUACAUUGUCCGUGUUUUUGGUGUGAUCGGUGAGCAGAGCAGUGAACCUUUGAAAGGAACUGAAACCACAUUGCCGCUGCCCGCCGUCACCAACAUGAACGUUUACGACGAGGGUCUGACGUCCAUGAGGGUCAAGUGGGAGCUGGUGAACGGAGCCAGCGGGUAUUUUCUCAUCUACUACAGCCUCAAUGCCAGCGUGCCCUCUGGAAAUAUAGAGAUGCGAGUUGGUGCCGAUGUGAACGAUGUGGAGUUGUCGAAGCUUCUUCCCAACACGGCGUACUCCGUCUCCCUGUCUGCCCUGUACGGAGACACGGCCAGCGAGCCCCUCAUCGACAGAGGAGUCACAUUGCCUCUGCCGCCGGCCGGUAAGCUGAAAGUCACAGAGAUCACUCACAGCUCCAUGCGUCUGACCUGGGAUGCGGCUCCUGGGAACGUCAGGAAAUACAUCAUCACCUACAAACGAGAGGAUGGAGAGCUGAAAGAGGUCGAGGUUAACGGUGACAUCACUACCCGGGUUUUGACCAAUCUCCGAUCUCAGACGGAGUAUGAUGUCGCUGUCACUCCCGUGUAUGAUGAGGGUUCAGGAAAUCCUGUGUUGGGCAAUGGAGUAACUGAUGUGGUUCCUGCGCCUAAGAAUCUGAGGUUUUCUGAGGUGACACAGACGUCCUUUAGAGCCACAUGGGAACACGGAGCUCCAGAUGUUGCAUUGUAUCGCGUGGGAUGGGCCAAGAAGGGGGAGACGGACUUCAAAUAUGAAAUCUUGAGUAGUGAAGACACUUCAAAUGUUAUGACGGAUUUAGACCCGGACACACUGUACACGGUCACAGUAACAGCCAUCUAUCCUGAUGAGUCUGAGAGUGAAGACCUGAUGGGAGACCAGCGCACAUUGACCACAGGACCACCACAAAACCUUCAGGUUUUCAAUGCCACCACUACCACACUUACUGUGAAAUGGGACCAUGCACCGGGUCCAGUUCAAACCUACAAAGUCACCUAUCAACCCACCGCGGGUGGAAAACCUCUGUCUGUUCAGGUUGGUGGAAAGAAGAACAGUGUUAUUCUUCAGAAGUUAAACCCUGACACACCCUACUCCAUCACGGUGGCGGCCGUUUAUCGCAGCGGAGAAAGCAAAGACAUUUCGGGUCAAGGAAAGACGAAACCUUUAGGAGGAGUGAGAAACCUGCAGGUCUUGAACCCAACCAUGACCACACUGAACGUCCGAUGGGAACCGGCAGAAGGAAAAGUGAAGGAAUACAAAGUGGUCUACGUGCCAGCGGCAGGCGGGGCGGAAAGCAUGGUAGGACUGGAGCAAGUAUCUGGAACGACUACCACCACGGUAUUGAGAGGCCUUCAACCAGACACGCUUUACACCGUCACUUUAAUACCCGUUUACGCUGAGGGAGAUGGGCAGAGAAAUUCUGAGAAUGGAAAAACAAGGUACUUGGGCGGUGUGAAAAAUCUAAGGGUCACUGAUCCAACCAUGACUUCUCUGAAUGUGAAAUGGGACCCUGCUGAUGGAGCCGUGCGUCAGUAUAAGAUCUUCUUCGUGCCUUCAGCUGGAGGAAAUGAGGACAUGGAACAAAUACCUGGAACCCUAACCACCAUAAUCCUGCGAAACCUGCAGCCUGAUACUCCAUAUACAGUAUCUGUAGUUCCAGUUUAUCCCGCCACGGAGGGCAGACGACAGUCUGAUAAUGGAAGAACUUUGCCUCUUGGAGGGGUUCGAAACCUUCGUCUUAUCGAUCCCACCUUUACAACGCUCACCGCCACAUGGGCAGCGGCAGGUGGAAACGUUCAGGGUUAUAAAGUGAUCUACGUGCCCACCGACGGGGGAGCUGAGAUCAUGGAGCAAGUGUCUGAAAGCACUACAACAUUAGUAUUGAAGAGUCUCAGUCCAGACACCAUGUACACAGUGACUGUAGUGCCGGUGUAUGCUGAAGGAGACGGACCACAACUCACUGAGAGAGGAAAAACUAAACCUCUGGGUAGCGUGAGGAACCUGCAGGUUACAGAUCCGACUAUCAACACCUUGAACGUACGCUGGGAGCCGGCAGAAGGAAACGUGCGGGAAUACAUCGUCAUUUACGUUCCUGAGGGUGGACAAGAUAAAGAAGUGGAUCAAGUGUCUGGAAGCACCACCUCGACUGUUUUGAAGAGUCUGGAGCCGGAUACCACAUACACCGUGACUGUAGUGCCGGUUUAUCAUGAGAUGGAGGGCAUACCUCUUUCAGAGAAUGGAAGAACAAAACCAUUGGGUGGAGUUCGAAAUCUUCAGGUCAUUGAUCCCACAAGCAGCACCUUGAACGUUCGCUGGGAGCACGCAGACGGAAACCCUCGAAAUUACAAAGUGUUUUACGUCCCAGAGCCUGGAGAUGAUGAGAAAAUGGAACUUGUUUCUGGAGGCACAACCAGCACCGUCCUGCGUAAUCUCAAUGCUAACACGAUGUACAAGGUCACACUGUUACCCAUGUAUGAGAAUGAUGUUGAAGGAAAACGUCAGGCUGAAAAUGGAAAGACAAAACCUUUGGGAGCCGUGAAGAACCUGCAGGUAACAGACCCGACCGUAAACACUUUAAGGGUUAGAUGGGACCCCGCAGACGGAGAUGUCCGGCAGUACAACAUCCUCUACGUGCCUGUUGCUGGUGGUGCUGAGAGCACGACACAAGUGUCCGGGAUGUCCACCAGUACUAUCUUGAGAAACCUGCAGCCAGACACAGAAUACAGAGUCACUGUUGUGCCCAUUUAUCCAGACGACGAAGGAAAGAAACAGUCGGAGAACGGCAAGACAAAGCCUUUGGGUGGAGUUAAGAACCUGCAGGUUACCGAUCCCACAACCAGCUCACUGAAUGUCCGCUGGGAGCCUGCUGAGGGUAACGUCCGCCAAUAUCGACUCUUCUACGUGCCAGUGUCUGGUGGUGCUGAGGACAUGGAGCAAGUUUCUGGAGGAACUACGAACACCAUACUUAGGAACCUUCUGUCAGACACGCCCUACACGGUGACUGUGGUUCCUGUUUAUCCAGAGGGAGAGGGUCUCCGUCUGUCUGAGAAAGGAAAGACACUUCCUCGUUUCCCACCCAGAAACAUUGUGGUGUACAAUCCCACCACCAACAGUCUGAAUGUUCGUUGGGAACCGGCCUCAGGCCAGGUGCAGCAGUACAGAGUCAAAUAUUCUCCAUUGACUGGUGUACGACCGCUGCAAUCGGUUUUUGUUCCUGGCAACACCAACAACGCUUUCCUGGAUCAACUGAUUCCUGAUACUCCGUACACAGUGAGCGUCUUGGCCGUGUACGCGGACGGAGAAGGUCCAGCAAUCACUGACAAAGGAAAAACAUUACCACGGGGUGGACCCAGAAACAUGCGAGUCUUUGAAACCACCACGAACACCAUCAGCAUCGGCUGGGAUCAUGCCGAGGGUCCUGUACAGCAAUAUAAGAUCUCAUAUGCACCAAUGAAAGGAGACCCCAUCACUGAAUUUGCGUUUGUUCCUGGUAACAGAAAUAAUGCAAUCCUUCAAAACCUUCUGCCUGACACCCCAUACAACAUCACAGUGGAGGCCGUUUAUCCUGAAGGACCUGGAGGAUCCCUGAACGGAAAUGCAAAAACACUUGGCUUGCGACCUCAGAAUCUUCGGGUGUCAGAUGAGUGGUACACGCGUUUCCGUGUGUCCUGGGACCCUGCACCGUCUCCAGUCAUGGGUUACAAGCUGGUUUACCAGCCAACAGAUAGGGACGAAUCUCUGGAGGUGUUUGUUGGUGAUGUCACUACCUUUACUCUCCAUAACCUCCUGCCUGGCACAACGUACGAUGUUCAGGUGUACGCCCAAUAUGAUGGCGGUGUCAGCAAACCUCUCAUGGGACAAGGAACAACACUGUACCUCAAUGUGACCAACAUCGAGUCUUACGACGUCGGCUAUGACAAAUUCUGCAUUAAAUGGACGCCUCACCGUGCCGCCACUUCUUACAGAAUUAAGCUAAACCCUCUGGACCCAUCAGCUAGAGGUCAGCAGGAAAUCACCAUCGCCCCUCAGAGUCAGUACUGUUUCGAUGGUUUGAGUCCAGAUUCUCCCUACAGCGCUACUGUGUUUGUCCAGACCCCCAAUCUAGAAGGACCUGGAGUCAGCACCAAAGAAAGAACCUUGGUCAAACCGACACCUGUGCCAACAAAAGCACCCACUCCUCCUCCACCACCCACAAUUCCUCCUGGAUGGGCAGUUUGUAAAGGGGCCAAAGCAGAUGUGGUUUUCCUCAUCGAUGGAUCCUGGAGUAUUGGAGAUGACAGCUUUAGUAAAGUAGUACAGUUUGUGUAUAGUGUCGUCGGAGCGUUUGACGUCAUCGGCCCAUCAGGAAUGCAGAUCUCAUUCGUGCAGUACAGCGACAGUGCAAAGACAGAGUUUAAUCUCAACUCAUAUGAUAAUAAGGGCAUUUCGCUUUCCGCUCUUAAACUCAUCCGAUACAGAGGAGGAAACACUAAAACAGGUGUGGCUCUGAAGCACGUGUACGAGAAAGUCUUCACUAUUGAUAGCGGAAUGAGACGAAAUGUACCAAAGGUUGUGGUUGCUGUAACAGAUGGACGCUCUCAGGAUGAAGUGAAGAAGAAUGCUGCCAAACUACAACAUGCUGGUUACAGCGUUUUUGUGAUCGGUGUGGCCGAUGUUGAUUUCGUCGAGCUGCAGCACAUUGCCAGCAAACCGAGCGAACGUCACGUCUUUGUGGUGGACGACUUUGACGCAUUCUCCACCAUCCAGGACAACCUGGUCACUUUCAUUUGUGAAACUGCAACAUCCUCUUGUCCUCUGAUCUAUGUAAAUGGAUUCACAUCUCCAGGAUUUAGAAUGCUGGAGGCUUUUAAUCUGACUGAGAAGAUGUACGCUAGCACCAAGGGCGUCUCUAUGGAGCCCGGUUCUUUCAACAGUUACACCGCCUACAGGCUGCACAAGAAUGCUCUCCUGACUCAGCCUUCAUCUUAUAUUCAUCCCGAUGGUCUGCCCUACACGUAUACCAUCAUCCUAACGCUUCGUCUGUUGCCCGACUCACCCACAGAGGCUUUCGAUGUCUGGCAGGUGUCAGAUAAAAACUACAAACCUGAGACUGGUGUCACUAUUGAUCCUUCUGCCCAAACCGUGUCGUUUUACAAUAAGGACACAACCGGAGAGAUCCAGCGUGCUACGUUUAAAGACGAUCAAGUGAAGAAGAUCUUCCAUGGAAGCUUCCAUAAGCUUCACAUCCUGGUGUCUCCCAAGAGUGUUAAACUAAAUGUGGACUGCCAGGAAGUGGCUGAGAAAGAGAUGAAACCAAGAGGAAACACAUCGACGGAUGGAUAUCAAACGCUCGGCAAAAUGUCCAAAUCUAUUGGACCUAAAGGGGAAUCGGCAACAUUCCAACUCCAGAUGUUUGACAUUGUGUGCAGUCUCGGCUGGACCAGCAGAGACAGAUGUUGUGACCUUCCUUCAAUGAGAGAUGAAUCUAAGUGUCCAUCUCUUCCUAAUGCCUGCACCUGCACCUCAGACAGCUCAGGACCUCCGGGCACUCAGGGGCCAGUGGGUGCACCUGGAAGCAAAGGACCAAGAGGUGAAAAAGGAGACAGCGGUUCGAUUGGUCCAGCAGGACCGCGGGGUGAAAUGGGUUUGCCCGGUCCGAUGGGCCCACCAGGACCACAGGGCCCAAGCGGGCGUUCCAUCCCAGGCGAAGCUGGUCGUCAGGGUCCAAAGGGAGAUCCGGGUGAUUCUGGCUUACCUGGACAGAAAGGUCCACCGGGACCGGCCGGUAACAUCGGACCUGCUGGACCCGCUGGUAUACGGGGACCCCCAGGAAAGGAGGGCCCGGUGGGACCCAGAGGCCCUCAAGGACCCAUGGGACCUCCGGGAGCCCCUGGAAUGACGGGACCCACUGGAAAAGAAGGAAAUACUGGAGAUACCGGUGCUCCGGGACCUGUAGGUGUUAAAGGAGAUAAAGGAGAAAGAGGAGACAUUGCGUCUCAGAGCAUGAUGAGAUCCAUCGCACGACAGGUCUGCGAGCAACUGGUCAACGGGCAAAUGGGUCGAUUUAAUGAAGUGAUAAACCAGAUCCCCAAUAACUAUCAUAGCAACUCACCAGGGCCUUCUGGCCCUCCCGGACCUCCCGGACCCGAGGGACCACGUGGAGAGCCCGGUCGGAUAGGCAGAAAUGGUCUUCCAGGGAAUCCAGGUUUACCCGGUAGUCAGGGAGAAAGAGGACCAGCUGGAGAGAAGGGUGAUCGAGGGAGUCCAGGCAUUGGAGAGAGAGGACAUAGAGGGCCUCCUGGGCCACCCGGACCACCAGGCGAAUCGCGAACCGGCCCUCCAGGUCCAUCCGGUUCUCCGGGCAAUCGCGGUCCACCCGGUCGCAACGGUGUCGCUGGUAUACGAGGUCCGCCCGGUCCCUCCGGCUACUGUGACUCCUCGCAGUGUGUCGGCAUUCCCUAUAACGGUCAGGGAUACAGAGAACAGUUUCCACCCGAAGCCGAGCGCGUAGAUCCCGUCUCCGGAGAAGAUUUCGAGAUUUCCCCUCACCAGCGGCGUAGGAGAUCACAGACAGACACCGGCUCCUAAAGGAUAGUGUGAUGAAGGGCAAAAUCCAUUGGCUUCAUGUCGUUUGUUUCUUGACGUUCCAGUGUCCUGUACAGUUCAUUUAACCCUUGGCAUGAAUCUCAUAACCUCACAGCUUCACGUUUGUACUCCAUCGCUUGUAAAAUGGCAUUGAACGUUUGUCAGAUUGCAGUCAUUGAUCUGCGUGCAGGUGAAAGGUGUUUGAUAAUUUAUUAACAUUGAAGGGUUUCUGAAGAUCAUCGCCUCUUCAUCCUCAUUUAUGUCUCAUACAAACUCACCGUAGUUAUUCAUUUCUGUCUUUAGCUGAAAGCUUUUCUUGUUUUCUUAACAUCUGCUCUUCAUCACAGUAUUGUAAAUCAAAUAUUGAUCGUAUGGGAUGAACGUUUGAUUUCACAGCGCAGUUGAUUUUACCAAAGGUGGAAUUGCAUGUCUGUGGUGUAUAUUUACGAUGUUUUGGUUUUAUUUGAAUUGUAGUGUGUUUGUUUUUUUUUCUUUUUUAAUCCAGAAUAUAGUUGUUAUAAUUGUUGUUUAUCAUUAUCAAAUGCAGUCCGAAUAUGCGUGCAAGACUAUAGACAUAGUGUUGCUGCUUUAUGUUCAUUACUGCACAUUGUGAAUCCACAGCCUUAUUUUCUUAUUUAUUUCUGAAUCAGAGGAGGCAUUUUUCAAUAAAACUACUGAAAAUAGAA